UCAUUUUAAACAUUAUUUUUAAAAAAAAGCAACCUUAUUAAUUUCUGUUGCAGCAGAGGCAUUGAAGGAUUUUGCCUUUGUUACUUUGAAUUAAACUGUAUUUGUCUUCCUCGCGUGCAUUCCAAAUCUACAAGGGUAUCAGCGGCAAAAAGUGUAAUUUUGGAGAAUUAUUAGAGUUAGAGCGUGAUUAUAUUUUCCGGGUUGACAAAAAUAAGAACACGCACACAAAAAGAUUAAAAACGUAUAUUGCGAAAAAGGUAUAAAGGCUUGUGAAAAAUCCCUACACUGUUUAUUUCUUUCCGGCUAUCAAAGCAGGAUGAUCAAGUGCUUGCUUUUGUUGGCCUUAAUCUGUGCGGCAUGUGCAUCGUCCGAAAACUGCGUUUAUGACGAAGAAGCUCGAACGGAACCCACAACCAGUUCAUCCCUGGAUAAAAGGACGAGGAGGUCGUCUGAACCUGAGGUGACCAUUCCGAAAAAGAAACUUUGUCCGCCAAAAGGAAUAAACAAUAGGCUUGGCAACGACCGUCCAGUGGAAGUAUUUUACACUCUGCGCGGCUUCUACCCUCACUACCCUGGUGUGCCAACUCUAAUUAGGGCAAGCACGCCAAUUAUCAAUCCACCCAUUGUGAACCAACCGAUCGCCAAUCCCUAUGCUCUUAAUGUGCCGCAUUUCUACCCAGCGGUGCCCUUUUAUGGGCAUGGACAGCCUCUGCAUUACGGGCUGCCAUACUAUGGCCAUCGAUGAUUUAUUAUGAUGAAUUGUCAUAUUUUAUGAGCCUAGAAAUUUUUGCUUUCAUCAAAUUAUAAAAAAUCUUGAAUUUUGUUUUCUUUUAAAGGCUGUCAAAAUACAUUUUUCUCUUUUAUCUACAAAAUGUGAAGCAAAAAAUAAUGUAUACCAACCUGUUGAUAAAAUUUUGAUUGG